GGUGUGAAUACACCGACGAAUCACGACUCUCGUAACUUGCAGCGCUGCGUUGAUUGGUUGAAUGACUGGUCGGUCUGCUGAUGGCAGAGGCGCGAUUAGUGUUGACAACAUCGCACUGGAUCUCAUCCCUGUUUAUCUAUUUCCCAAAGUAUUUUUAUUUGGAAAGAAUAAAGCGAAUUUGGAGGAAAGGAAAGACAUGUCUUAAUGUAUUUGAUACCUCUCUGAUGCAUGUGCCUGUCAGCUGAAGCGUGCUGGAAGAAUGCAGCCUAAAACCAGAAGAUAUGCUGGAGUCUGGCAUCAAACGAUGAGCCUGCUCUACAAAAACCUGCUGAUCAAAUGGAGGACCAAACAACAGAGUCUCCAGGAGUUGAUCUUGCCAUUGCUGCUCCUGGGCUUCCUCAUCCUCAUUAGCACCCUCAACCCUCACGUUUCAUACGGCAGUAUCAGCAGCAAAGAGCUGGAGAAUGAACGGAACCUGUCAAUCAAAGGUCUCGGCUACACCCCCAUCAACAAUGUAACCAAUCACAUCAUGGAAGAGGUGGCACGGGAACUGCUCAUGAAUGAGCGAUUAGAGAUAUUCUCCACUGAGGAACAAUUGGAGAAUGCCAGUCUCGCUGAUCCAGAUGGCUUUGUAGGAGUGGUCUUCUUGGAUUCGAUGGAGUACCUUCUGCGAUUCCCGUUUGUCCAACUCCCUCUGCCUGACUUCAGCGAAUCCAUAACACGCUGUUACAUAGACUAUGUCAACUGCCAGGCCACCAGAUACUGGUACUCUGGAUUCAUACGGCUGCAGUCUCUCAUUGAUGCUGCCAUUAUACAGAUGAAGACCAAACGUCCCGUGUGGAACGAACUAAAAGUGCGUGCAGUGAUGAUGGGACAUCCGGGUACAGUGGAGGUCCAGAAGUCGCAUUAUGCCCUGAUCUCCAUCUACCUAGUGCUGGCGUUUACACCCUUUGUCUAUUUCCUCAUUGUCAAUGUGGUGGCUGAAAAAGAGCAGCGGCUGAAAGACACAAUGGGCAUGAUGGGAUUGUAUGACUCUGCCUUUUGGCUUUCAUGGGGCCUCCUCUAUGCUGCAUUAGUGACGACCAUGUCUAUUCUCAUGGCUGUAAUAGCAACCUGUACACCCCUGUUCUCCAACAGCAACUUCUUUGUCAUCUUCCUCCUCAUUUUCCUCUAUGGAAUAUCUUCUAUUUGCUUCUCCUUCAUGUUGACCCCUUUGUUUAAGAAGCCCAAGUUUGCAAGUACAGUGGGCUUUAUACUGACUGUGGUGCUAGCGUGUCUAUCUCUUUUCACUGUUCUGAUGAGAGAUUUCCCCCAGUCAGCCGUGUGGCUUCUCUGCCUUCUGUCUCCCAGUGCCUUCUCUAUCGGCAUCACCCAGGUGGUGUAUCUGGAAGCUCAGGGGGACGGCGCAGUGUUUUCCACUCUGGGGAAUGGUCCUCACGCCCUCUAUGUUCCUAUGGUCAUGCUGUUGUUGGACUGCAUUCUCUAUCUGCUUUUAGCCAUUUACCUGGACCAAGUGCUACCAGGCGAGUUUGGCACAAGGCGCUCAGUGCUGUACUUCCUACAGCCAUCCUAUUGGUCAAAGCGCUAUGUGGAGGUGAGCUCUGUGUAUGAGGGCGAGGUCAACGGACCCCCAGUGAAUGAUGAAUCGGUGGAGGCGGUUUCUCCUGAGUUUAGAGGCAAAGAGGUUAUCAGGAUCUGCAAUAUUCGUAAAAUCUACAGAGCAAAAGACACCAAAGUGGAGGCUUUGAGAGGUUUGACUUUGGACAUCUAUGAGGGUCAGAUCACUGCCCUGCUGGGUCACAGUGGAGCAGGAAAAUCCACCCUCAUGAACAUCCUGUGUGGCAUCUGCCCCCCUACAGAAGGCACGGCAACCAUCUAUGGCUCUCCUGUGGCAGAGAUAGCAGUGAGGGCUGAGAUGAAACAGCUGGUUGGUAUAUGCCCCCAGUUGAACAUCAUCUUUGAUUUGCUCACUGUAGAGGAACACCUGAGAAUCUUUGCUGCCAUUAAAGGGAUCCUGCCGUCUGAUGUUGAUGGUGAGGUGAGGAAAGUUCUAAAGGAUCUGGAUCUAGAAAAGAUUAUGGACGCCCGGGCGAAAAACCUGAGUGGAGGCCAGAAAAGGAAGCUCUCUGUGGGCAUAGCGAUUCUCGGAGACCCAAAGAUCCUUCUUCUGGAUGAGCCUACGGCUGGUAUGGACCCAGUGUCUCGACAGCAGGUCUGGGCCUUACUGAAGAGCCGUAGAGCAGGCAGAGUUACUGUAUUCAGCACUCAUUACAUGGACGAGGCAGAUAAACUUGCAGAUCGUAAAGCUGUCAUCUCUCAAGGACAGCUCAAAUGUGUCGGUUCCUCUUUGUACCUGAAGACCAAGUGUGGGGUUGGCUACCAACUUAGAAUGUCUGUAACUGAAGGCUGUGAAGUGGAGAACAUCACAUCACUGGUCAAGCAGCAUGUUCCCAAGGCUCAGCUGUCAAGGGAGCAAGAGGCUGAGCUUACAUUCACAUUGUCUUCCGAGAGCAUGGACACGUUCCCAGGGCUGUUCACGGAGCUGGACUGUCGACCUGACCUGGGAAUCAUUAACUACGGUGUCUCCAUGACAACAUUAGAGGAUGUCUUCUUGCGCUUGGAGGCAGAGGCAGAAGUGGAUCAGUCUGAUUACAGUGUGUUUAACCAAGAAAAGGUGGAAGACGAGGGAGACGCGUCCUCUAUGGAUGACACAGAGCAGCAGCUGCUGAUGUUUUCAGACAGCAGACAUGACGCAGUAACUGGUCGAGCUCUUUGGAGGCAGCAGUUUAGCACCGUGGCCCGGCUGCACAUACUCAACCUGCAGAGAGAGAGAAAAUCUAUUAUAAACAAUUUGUCACUGUUCCUAGCGUUCUUAUGUGCAAUGGUUAUGGCAUCCUUUACCUGGAGAAACUUUCCUAGUCUUUCUGAUAAAAGACUGUUUUCACCUAUAUACCUGCUGCACCGCAACGAGACCCUUGGCAAAAACACCAUCAGCCUGCUUGUGCAAAACUCCACCGACUCUGACCUGUCAGGGUUCAUCCACGAUCUGGAGUCUCAGGAUAUUAAAGUGGAAAUGAUGAAAGAACUGGACUACAUGUCUGCUGCUCCUGUCAGCGCUGCCAUCAACGUGACAGGAUCCAGUGAGAAUUUUACCUACAUUUUAGCAUUUAACAUUACCACUAUGCACUCUUUGCCUAUGGCUGUCAAUGUGCUCAGUAACGCCCUCCUGAGAGGCUCUAAUGGCACUGGACACAUUAAAACAUGGACUAAACCCUUCUACUAUCAAAUCCCAGGUAAGGUGUCCUAUGCACUGGUUUACAUUAAGACUGUGAUUCUUGGGAUGCUGGCCGCUGGGAUGCCAGCCUAUUUUGCAAUGGACCACACAAGAGACAAAGAGUUGAAGUGUCACUCGAUCCUGAGGAUCUCUGGUCUUGUUCCUUCAGCGUACUGGUGCGGUCAGGCAUCUAUUGAUGUCCCUUUCUAUUAUCUUAUCUUAAUCUGUAUGACCAGCACCCUGUUUGCCUUCCAUUCUACAAACCUGCUAACCUUAUAUAAUACCUUGUCUGUGGCUCUGUGUCUGAUUGGCUUCGCUCCAGCCAUGGUUCUCUUCACAUACUGCAUAUCCUUCAUGUUCGUCAAGGUCCAGAGCAAUAGGGACGACUUCUCAGGGGUCUCCAUGAUAUUGUGUGUGGUUUCUGCGACCGUAAUCCAGAUAGCUCUUGUGAAUAAGAAAUAUGUUGUGGCUCAUCUCCUACACAGUGCACUGUGCUUCUUCAGUCCACUCUACCCUCUCAUGGGCUGCCUUAACUGCAUUACCAUGGCCACCUUCCUUCAGUCUCCUUAUGAUGAUGAUUUCCUGUGGAAGAAUCUCUUCAUCUCUGUUUUGUCUCCAUAUAUCCAGUGUAUUCUGCUGCUCUUCACACUUAGAUGGCUUGAGAUCAGAUAUGGAGGGAAAACUAUGAAUAAUGAUCAGCUCUGCAGGAUUUCCUCCCAAGCGAAGAGCACAACUCAGCGAAACCCAGAGGAGAACGUGAGUGAGGAUGAGGAUGAGGAUGUUCAGGUGGAGAAAGCUCGAGUGAAGGAGGCGUUGACUUGUCAGAGCUGUGAGGAGAAACCGUUGGUAGUGGUGAGUAACCUCAGCAAACAGUACAAAUGCAAGAGGGAGGGAUUUUCGCUCAGCAAAAGAAGGAAAGUGGCCACUAAGAACGUCUCAUUUUGUGUUCGCAAAGGUGAGGUUUUGGGUCUGCUGGGACCAAAUGGAGCAGGAAAGAGCACUAUCAUGCACAUGCUGUCUGGAGUCACUGAACCCACUGCUGGACAGAUUCUAAUGGGAGAUUAUGGAACAGACUUCCAACCAGUGGGAAACCCCUUGGAACAUGUGGGGUACUGUCCUCAGGUGAACUCUCUGUGGCCUAGAAUCACUCUACAGGAGCACCUGGAGAUCUACGCUGCUAUAAAGGGGCUACAGCAGCAUGAUAUGUCAAAUAUCAUUAAGCGUGUUGUCGAUGCUCUAGAGCUGAAGGAUCAUCUUUACAAACAGGCUAAAAACUUGUCUGCUGGGCUGAAGAGGAAGCUGUGCUUUGCACUAAGCAUGCUGGGAAAUCCUCAGAUAGUUCUGUUGGACGAACCAUCUACAGGAAUGGAUCCCAAAUCGAAACAACGCAUGUGGAGGGCGAUCCGAGCUGCAUUUAAGAACAAACAGCGAGGAGCCAUAUUUACCACCCACUACAUGGAGGAGGCCGAGGCUGUGUGUGACCGUGUGGCCAUCAUGGUUUCUGGUCAGCUGAGGUGUAUUGGCUCUAUUCAGCACCUGAAGGGGAAGUUUGGGAGAGGCUACAGCCUCGAGAUUAAUCUCAGGGAGGAGCUCUCAGGUCUCCAGGAGGUAGCGCUGUUGCACGAAGAGAUACUGAAGAUAUUUCCCCACGCUGCUCGUCAGGACAGUUUUGCCACUCUGAUGGUGUACAAAAUUCCAAUGGAAGAUGUGAAGUCGCUAGCCAAGUCCUUUGCCGAAUUAGAAAGUGCUAAACAGAACUUUAACUUUGAAGAGUACAAUUUCUCCCAGUCAACGCUUGAACAAGUUUUCAUGGAGUUCGCUAAAGAGCAAGAGAAUGCAGAAGAGGAGGUCGGAUCGCUUAGCACAACUUUUCAAUGGCAGAGACUGAGACAGGACAGGCCUGUAUCUCUCAAUCACACAGACAGCAUAGUACACCAGCUAUGAGCCAAUCCUGUUAAACCUUCCCUGAAGCGUUGUGUCUUCUUUAUCCUCUGUGUCUUUCUCUAUCGCUCUGCAUGUGCCAUCAUUUGCCUUAGAGCCUUAAACUGAUGGGACUCACAGGACAAUAGACUGUGGAGACUCCAGCAGCCACUAGCACACAUACAAGACAUGUGUGUGUGUGUGUGUGUGUGCUCUUGUUUUUGUGACAUAUCAGGACACAACUCUGUAUAAUGACAUGGGUACGACACAGGUAUUGCAAGCAGAGGGUGACUUAUGAGGACAUAACCCAUGUCCCCAUUUUUCAAAAUGCUUAUAAAUCAUACAGAAUGAGUUUUUUUUUUUUGAGAAAGUAAAAAUGCUCAACGUUUCCUGUGAGGGUUAGGUGUAGGGUUGGUGUAGGGCCAUAGAAUAUACAGUUUGUACAGUAUAAAAACCAUUACGCCUAUGGGAUGUCCCCACUUUUCACAAAAACAAACGUAUGGGCUGGGAAAGUCGCUUUAGCUCUGGUACUGGCACUUGCUCAGAUGGGAACAGACGCAUGACUUUAGUGUCAGCUGUAAACGCUGAGCUAGACUUGCCACUUCUUUACUUUGCACUUUUUUUAUUUAUAUGAAGAGAUUUACUUUUUUUAAUUAUAACUCUGUAAAUUCUUAUAUCUUCCGUUCACCUGAUGUAUAUCAAACAUACCAGUUCAUUGUUUCCAUAUACAUUGAGUCAGUCACUGGGAAUUGAAUAGCAUGGAGUGGGUUCCACAUUAUCAAAAUGGUACCAAAGUCUCACUCACAUUGACACCAGUGCUUUUAGGUGUCUGUAGCAUGGGAUAUAAACUUGCGUCUCUGUGUGUAUGGCUGUAUUACGUUAUUAUCCAUGUGCACUGUUGUAAGGUAAGUUUGCAGACAGGAAAAUCUCUUACAGCUGUGUGCAAACAUUCAAGCAGCAUUAACAUUGAGAUUUACCAGCAUGUAUAGGGCUAAUCUUUUUUUUUCUUGUAACCCUUUUUAGGGCUGAGUGGCCCUGCCGGUGCAUGAAGCCUCUUCUGUCUCAGCUGCACCUGGGAAAUCUAAUGACACAGUAUUUAUUUAUUUUUUUUAAUUAAUGGGUAAUACUUUAAAAUAAGAUAUUGGACAUAAGUAAAUAUAAUGGCUAAUAACAAUUAAAUACCAUUUUACUGCAUUAUAUUAAACCCAGUUUAAUGAAUUCCACUUUAUUAAUCCCCAUGUUUAUUCUUCUUAAUAUUUUUCAAUUGUUGUUUUUAAAAGCAUUUUGGAUUAAUUUGUUUCAUGACAAAACAUACAUUAAUUAAUGUUAACUAAUUAAACCUUAUUAUAAUGUAUUACCAAGUUAUUCUUCAUUAUCAGUAGAGAGCUGCUCUUCUUAUCUCUCUUCAUGUUACCUGAAGUACUGAAGAUGUCCAGUUUUUAAUUUCAGAACUCUACAAACAUGCAUUUUCACUUUGGUGCAUCUUUCUGCUGACUUUCUGAUUUAUUAAACAUUAUUAUUAAUUCAAUUUAUUUAUUUUUAUUUAUUUAUUUAUUUUUGUGGCUUCAUCUUCCCAACAAAGUUUGAUUUACAGCUAAUCAAACUCUAUUUGUCUUGUUUUGUCUGUUUUUAGGGGCACACAAUUCAACCUAAGGCAUCUGAAGUGAUGCAAAAAAUUUAAAUAAAAAGCUGUCCUCAUAAUGGAGUAAUUAAAAGACUUAGUAAUUAUGCAGAGCAGACACAGUGCAUUUUGUGUGAUAUUUAACUGUAAUUUUUGCAUGUAUAUUUUGAACAUUAUCUGUAACGUUUAACACUGACCAGUUUAGUCUUUGUUGAACUGGGUUGGAAUGGGCUGAUUAUAUUUAACACUAUCUAACAUCUAUUUAACCAAGAGAUUAAUUUCCUCCAAAGUGCAUUAUAUGAGUACUUGUGUAUGUGUGUAUUUAUUGCAUUAUAGACGGUGUCAUUGCGAGCUGCAA